AUCCCUAAGUUAUUGGCAUUAGCAUUUUACUUCUAAUAUGUAAUUUUACUCAUUUAUAUCAGGUUUCUGAGCAUUGGUGAGUGUAGCCAUGUCAGGUGCUAAGGUUGGAGAUUUGAUUGAUUUUAAGUGGGGAAAUCAGACGGGACAUGGUCAGAAAAAUAAAGAUUUUAGGUUCUAUGAUUCCUUUGUUUAUGAGGGAGUUGAAUAUUUUCUCUAUGACUGUGCCUACUUUUACCUUGAUCAGCAUUUUGAAACUUCUGUUGGUAAGCUUGUGAAGAUGUAUGAGAGACCAACACAUGAGAAGGUGCUCAAAGUUGUCUGGUUUUUUCGUCCCUCCGAGGUUCGCAACUUCUUGGGGGAUUAUCAGCCUCGUUGGAAUGAGUUGUUCUUGGCAUCUGGUGCAGGCAAAGGUCUUUCCAAUGUCACUCCUCUGGAAUCAAUUAUUAGAAAAUGCAAUGUGGUUUGCACAUCAAGGGACAAGAGAAAUACUGAACCAUCUGAAAUAGAGUUGAAGACAGCUGAUUUCUUUUUCAAUUGUGCUUUUGAUGUUGGAAGGCGUGCAAUACUUGAUAACUUUCCAGAUUUUAUAGAUGGAAUUGAAGUACACAGGCUGUAG